AUGUUUCUUGUACUUAAUGAACUCAAGAAUGUAGGUGAAGAUAGACUCGCAAACUUCAACGCUUUGAAAUCAAUUAUUACGGAUAAUGAGAUUAGAAUUAAUGAAAAGAAUCAACCCAGAAGAACUGCUCAGAACGUUGCAAACUUCAUUUUCGUAACUAAUAACGUCUACCCUGUCAAAAUUGAAGUUGGAGACAGAAGAUAUGUAGUUUUAAGAGUUAAUGGUAAAUUCAAGGGUCAAUUUGAUUACUUCAAGAAUUUAAUGGAUUCAUGCACAAAGGAAUUUUAUGAUAACCUUUUAACAUAUUUUAUGCAAUAUGACCUUUCAUCAUUUAAUGUACGAAUCAUUCCGAUGACUGAAGCCAAACAAGAUUUAAUAGAAUUAUCAACAAAUCCUUUAGAUGUAUGGAUAAAUACACAUUAUGAUGAAUUGAAUGCAGGUAUGACGUGUAAAAAUGCUCUAUUCUGCAAACCAUCAGACAUGAAAGACAAAAACUUUCAAAUGAGUAUUAAGGAUAAAUGUGAUAGGAAACAGAUAAGAAUAGAUGGUAAACAAACAUGGUGUUAUGUUUUGAAAGAAGAAAUGAAAGGAUUAUAUAAACAGGUUGAACUAAACGAUAAUGAGGAUUCAUUUACUGACGAUGAAAUACCUGUAAAUGAUGCUUUAUAA